GUCAAGUCACCGGGAACUCUGAACUCUUGCAGCCACUGCUCGUGUUUCUCAGGAUGGAGGUGGGGGGAUUACUGGAGGAUUGCAUCAGCGCAGCGAAAGAAGAUCCGAAAAGUGUUGAAGUCUCUGACUCUGUGAAGCUGAAGUACAAAUGUUGCAGAGAGUCUCUGUGUGAAGAACUGGCCUCUCUGCUGGAGGAGGCAGAGCAGAUGAAGUGGCCCUUUGUGCCAGAGAGGUGGCAGUACAAGCAGUCCAUCAGUUCCACAGACAAGACCAACAUCAAUGACCUCAUCGGCAAAAACCUGCAACAGCUCUUGGAUCUUCUGAAGUCCUCCAUCAUGGCUCAGAAACCACAGACGUCCCUGGCAGUGGUCUUCCUGGUGGACCGAUUCCUCUACUGGAUCGAUGAAUCCAGACGACUUCUAAAGAUCACCAAGCUCCUAAACCGGUGCUACCCUGAACAACCCAUAGCCCCUCAGCUGAUCAUACGGGUGGCCAGAGUCUUCCUUAACUCUGGAAAACUUCAAAAGGCCGAAUCCAUCUUGAGCAGUUUGAUUUAUAGAAAUGGGACAACAGGUUGUUGGGUCUAUCACUGUGACAGUGACAAAGUGCUUGUUCAGGCCGUCAGUGUUCAAGUGCGUGGAAUGGUUUUGCAAAAGUUGGGCCUGUGGCUGCAGGCUGCAGAGCUAAUCUGGGCUUCUCUGGUUGGCUACUACUCACUCCCUCAGCCUGAUAAGAAGGGCAUUGGGACCUCUCUUGGCUUACUGGCUAACAUAUUAGUGUCCAUGGGUGAUGAAGACUUCCAUUCUUUUAAAACUAAUCCAGAUAUUGAUUUUCCAUCUUUACUCGGAAAUACUGGGAGUCAUCGUCUUCUUUCGGCCGCCCAGGCAGCUAAGAUGGCUGUGGUGUACAGUCAGUACGCUUCACUUUACGUGCUGACGAAUGUGACGGCUCAAGGAAGCUGCUUGUUGUCGUACAGCUUCUCACUAGCAUGCCCUCCCUCUCAAAGAGCAACCUUCCUCCAGAAGGCCCGAGAGGCCUUCGCAAUCGGCCUUCUCACCAAAGCAGAGGGCGUCCCGGUUACCAGCCAGCAGGAACUUCACACCUUCCUGAAGGCAGCCUAUUCCAUGACCAUCACUGACAAGUGGCUGGACGCUCCAAAGGAUGUUGUAGAGGAGGCUGCUCAAGCUUGCCAGCAAGCUUUAGGAUAUUUCUAUAAGUAUUGUGAUUCCAGUACUCAAGACAAAAAUGGCCUGUCUGUUAAAAUUAUACAACACGUCUCUAAAGUCAAGCAGCUGCUGGGUGUGGAGCCAUUCCCUAAUUCAGAUAAAGGAUCUUUUAUUCCAGACAGCUACAGAAACGACAAAGAUUCCUUUGUAAAUUUCACCCUGGAGGGUUUCUCAAAGAUAUUGGAGAGAUUUCAGAAAUAUCAUGCAUCGCUGUGUGAGGCCACCAAAAGUUUCAAGGAGACCGAAGACAAAAAGGCAAAAGUUUUAACAGCACUGGAUACAAACCUAGAUACAGUCAGCAGAGAAAGUGGUACAGAAGCAUCUAAGCAAAAAUCGAGAAGCUCGGAUUCAUCAAAUGUGUUUUUGUCUCAAAAUGUUGCUCCAACCCUGGAAAGCACAGACCCCCUGGGAUCGUCUUGGCAGAAGCUCUCCUUCAGUAGUUCAGGCUCUCCUCAGCCCAGCAGUGGUGCUCAUAGAAGUGGCAGUGGACACGGAGCAAGCAUUAGCGAUCAGAGCAACAUUCCCACUGAGAGUGAUGAUGAUGAUGACAGUUUUUCACACUCUGCUAAUGAAAACCAUAAGCCAAAGCCACAGAACCAGAACUCUAGCAAUAGUUCCCAUCCAGUCCUAAAGUCCACAAUUCCUGAAACCCCAAGUCUGCUUCCACAGUGUGAAGCAAUUCAAGCCGAAACAGAGACAGAAGACUUUGACAAGGACUGUAUGGCUGAUGUUAAUGAGGAAAACAAAGAAUAUUUGCAUUCCCAACUACCUCUCCAAACAUCUUCCAGUUCCUUUGGUGAGAGUUUUAGUUCCCAGUCUUCAUGGGAAAAAAUCUCAACUGGCCACAACUCCCCCAUGCGUGAAAAAGUACAACCAGGUUAUGUGUUAAAACCAAGGAGUCGAUCUUCAGGUUCUGAUGGGAGCUUCGUCAUCGUGGAAACACCGAAUUCUGACAGCAGCUCUUCACCUGGUGGCAUCACAGAUCACAAACCACUAGAGAGGCAUGAUGUUCACUCAAAUAUAAAACCUGCAGCCAAUUCAAGUCCUGCAAAACCUGUAGGCCGCACAGUCUCAGCGGUCCAACACAAUCCUUCACAGAGGAUUUCAGACCCAAACACCACUACUGAGAGCUCUGAGGAGAGCUUUGAGAGCUCAUACGAUAUGGUGGAGCUCAAUGAAAAUGGGCACCAAAGCAAUGAAGUGACUUCUGCAGGAAAAGCACCUCAGAACAAGAAUACUUUGUGCUACAGCUGUCUGUACCCCAGCACAACAGCUGCUCCUGAGUUUGAAUUGUCCCAGCAUGAUUACCAGGCUCUACUGGCUGGAAUCUGCCAUGAAUGUCUGCAGAGGAGGCUCUACAGCGAGACAGAGUUAUUCCAACUCCAAAAGUUUCAAACUGCCCACAAUGCUCUUCACCUGAAGUUCUCCAAGGCCACAGGACUGUGGACGGCCAGAGAGACCUGUGUUUACAUCGGGGAUCUGAUGGAGAUGGAGGGCAAACAGAGAAGAGCGAUAUGGGUUCAGUUUUUGCAUCAGGAGGAGAGGUUAAGCAGUUAUGUAGGGAAGGAUUACUUGAAGCCAAGAGAAAUCCAGUAUCACCUGAACGAUGUAGAGCGCCAGAUGACAGCUCAGUACUAUGUGACCGAAUUCAACAAGAGUCUCUACGAUAAAGAAGUUUUGGCUCAGAUCUUCUACAUUCCCUCCGACGCAUUGUUGAUCCUAAACAGUGAUGAGAUUGUGGGCUGCAUCACCGUGGAGCCGUACAUGCUUGGAGAGUUUGUGAAACUCACCAACAACACUGGGCAGAAAGAGAUGUCUGUCGAGGCUACGAAAUAUGGUCUGGCUUUUGGACACUUCACCUACCUGUUCUCUGGUCGCAAGGAAGUUGUGGUCGACUUGCAAGGAUGGACGACUUCCAAUGGGAAAGGUCUGACUUACCUCACGGACCCCCAGAUUCACUCCACCAGGACCCCCACAGGGCCCUCAAACUUUGGUGAAAGGGGGCUGGCAAUUUUCCGGAAAGAGCAACAUGGACCAGCCUGCAACGAGAUCUGCAACCUGCUCAAACUCACUCCACUCACCCUGCAGUCACAUGUUUAAAAAGCUGGAGGUUACAUGUACUGACUGAUGCUGGGGAUGAUUUUUGUUAAUUUUUUGGUGUCUGAAUCACUGUGUAUCAGAUAUUUAUAAUAAUAGAAAAUGCCUCCAACAUCACUCUGAAUAUCUGUAUAUGCUUGAUUGAUUCAACACUAUGGUAAGAACAGCUGAGACUGAAGCAAGUAGUUUGAAACUCAAAGCUGUUUGUUAAUUGCUUAGUACUUCACAUCAUUUUAUCAUCAUCUAUAUUUCUCCAGAAAAGUGUUAAAUCUGCUUUUUUGUAAGCGUUUGUUUAGUUCAUUUGUUCAGAGCACUACGAUUUAAAUUGUUUUAGUUCCAACUUUAACUCUACCACUCCAGUUGAAUUUUCUUAUCAAUGUAGGCAAAAAAAUAUACAUCAAAACUUGAAGAAGUCAGUUUUUGGAAGAAGAAAAGACAUUUUAUUUGAGUAUAUUUUCUUUUAAAAAUGCUAAAAGAAAAAAAAUCCGUCUGUGUUAAUAUUGGAAUGCAAGAAUGUGGAAGCAGUGACUUUAAUAAAUUUUGCUGAUCAGA